AUGCAUGUAGACAAUGUCAGCAAGAAUCUGGUGAAUAAUCCAGGCAACAUGAAUGAAGCAUUUGGUGUGAUUUUAAGGUCAAACAGGAAAUAUUCAAGUAUUUAUGAAAUCAAGAAGGUCUUAGGUGUUUUGGAGCAAAAAAAAAAAACAAAAGACGAUCAAAAUACAUUUUUGGACAGAUUCGUAGCUCAGGUUUUACAUCCAUUUAAGACAUUCCCGUGCACCAAAUUGAGAGAUUUUGGACUCUAUGGAAAUGUAGAAGGGUCAAAAACCGCAAUGAACUGGAAUUGUGGCUCGUUGCUUGAGACACUGAUAUGUGAUUACCAUAAAGUUCAAAAUAAAACAAAAGUAUACGUGGAAGAUAAAGAACAACUGCAUUCCCCUACUACAUCAGCCACUCCUUCCCUGAUCAUCCAUAGAGGGAGGUUUUCCACUCUAGGAUCUUCAUCUUCCCUGGUCGGAUUCAAUCUUGCCCGAUUCAAUCUUGUCCGAUUCAAUCUUGUCUUUCUAAAACGUGCUUCGGCUGAAGCGAAAAAACUAGCAGACGAUAUUGAAGAAGAUGAAGAUGAUGCAGGAGCGCUUGUAGCAGCUACUGUUGUGUUUGUACUCGAGAUACUCGAAUCGGGUUCCUUCGGUCCAGAACAACUAUGA